ACAGCAUAGUUGAACAUUUAACAUCAUACUAAACAGACUUAAAGCGCGAAGUUAACUAUAGUGACUUUAAUAUAGUUUAGCUGUAGAAAAAAAUGGUGAAAUUAUUUGCUUGCACUAUCCUGCUAGUGAUCUUAGCAUACUUUAGUAAUACAUCCGCCACCGACAUUGAGGGUGGUGUACCGACGACCUUUCAAGCGCAUCCCUACCUUGUUUCAAUACAAGGUAAAGAUGGUCCACCGGUAAUCUGUGGUGGUGCUUUAAUUAAUGAGAAAACCGUUGUGACUGCUGCGCAAUGCUUGGCUUUCUACGAUGUUUCCCAACUGGCUGUCGGUGUCAAUAAUGGCGAAAGAAUCGUUGAAAUCGCUGCGCAAAGCUUCAAUCCGCAAUUUGAUUUUGUUACCAUGGAAAAUGAUGUGGCCGUUUUGAAAUUAGCGGAAUCAGUGGAAAGUGGUUUCAUUGAGUUAGCCAGCAAAGUACCGGUAAACGGUGCCAGCGGAGUGGUAACCGGUUGGGCAGAAAACAACAGUCUCGUUGAUGUUGCCGUGAGAACAAUUAACGCCGAGGAAUGCGGUUCCGGCGACUAUAAGUACAACGAAGACGAAGUGUUGAAUACCAUGUUAUGCGGCCUGGCUAGUAAUCUACAAGCUUGUAAUGGUCAACCGGGUGCUCCAUUAGUGGUUAAUAAUCAGCUGGUCGGUUUGGUUUCUUGGGGCUAUGGUUGUGGCAACAAAGGUAAUCCAGCUGUCUUCACUAAUAUUGCAAGCGAGCGUUCAUGGAUCAUUGAAACGGCUAAUAAACUUUAAAAUUAUUAGAUUAUUACAAAAAAUCAAAUAAUAAAUGACAGUUUUGAUUGAAGCAAAA